AUGAAACUAUUGCUUCUGUUUAUUUUAUUAGAGUACUCAGAUUUUGCUCCAUUGCCAGCUGCUGAUGCUAAUGCAAAGUUUUCUUAAGCUGAUCUUUCUAAUUUAAGAGAAGCCUCUAUUCUUAGGGGGAAUUACAAAGAUGUAGCUCGCAGUUUAAUGGAGCACUUCUAUCCUCAGCAAGAACCACUAUUUUUUGGGUACCAGGUAUUGAUAAUAGUCCUUUAAGAAAUUUACUCUACUAUUACCCUACAAACCCAAACCUUCAUUAAGGACAUGUUGUUGUCAGAAUUGGUGAAUCAUUAAUAGUGGAAUUUUUAUAAACAUAUUAAAUCAAUACUGUAAGGUUUUGGAUUUGGGACUUCGAUGAUAGAGAAUAAGACAUGCAAAUCUUUACAAUAGGAGCUGAUAGAAAGACUGAAAAAGUCAUUUUUGAUGAAAUUAGGACCAAACCUAAUGUACAUGUUUAAAAAUUUUCUGAUUAAUUGGUAUCAGGUUUGAGAUUUUAC